AUGGGAAUCAAAUCUGAAGAACUUUAUGAGAAUUUAACACAGAUAGUCAUCGAUCAUGAUUCUUCGUGGUUCCAGACAACACCAGCAAAAGAGUUUUUGCCGCAGUUAUUAGAACACAUGUCGAUUACUAUACCGCAUGAUAUAUUUGUGAAUGAUGGCAAUGACGACUUGCAGGUGAGAGAUGAUAUGAAUAGGUUGCGAAUUAUUGUUGAGUACAUGAACAAACAUUUUGCAGAGAAGAACAUAUUUCCUUUUACAAUACAAAGAAUAUGUGAACUAUGUUAUGAUCCGUUGAAGUAUUUCAAAUCUUCAGAACUGACAAAGUUUGUAAACGCGAUAGAGAAGUCAUGUAUGGUAAGAAGUGGAUGGUGCAAGAACUAUGGCGUGCCCAUGGCAUCACACAAUGGUGUGAAUGGUAAUGGAACAAGUAAUGAAAAUAUGAAUGGAGUUAGUGAUCAGAAGAAUUCAAGUGAAGAUAUAUCUAUUUCUAAAAUACCAUGGUUAGAUUCUGGUGAUACAGAUGAUUUGAAACAAUUUAUUGAAAAGAUAGAGUCUAUUGUUUCGGUGAAUUUUGGUUAUGACGAUGAUGACGAUGAGGAUGGUGAGGAUAGGGAUAUUAUAAUCCAAGAAUAUUAUGAAGGAGGUGGAGAAGAUGAAAACGAGGAUGAGGAUGAGGAUUAUGUAGAAGACGAGGAUUCAACUAGUGAGGAUGAAGAUGAUGAAGAUGAAGAUGAAGAACGCAGUGAGCAGGAAUCCGAGAGAGAGUAUGUACACAAUUCCAACGGAGUUGGAAAUGGAGCCGCGUCGUCUGAAGGUGAUGAGCAAGAAAACAUGGUUAUGCAUAAUGUUACUGCUGAUGGUGAUAUAUCUAUGCAAGAUAAGAAUGUGCACGUUAAUGAUUUGGGCACAAAGAAGAGAACUACCACCGAUCUCGAUGAGUUCAACUUUCAAAACACUGAUGCUUAUCCUAAGGUACAAGAAGUAGUACAGAAUGACGCUAUAACGCCAAAAAGAUCAAAACUGAAAUUAGAAGACGGUUUAUUUGUGAGCUCACCUCUCGUAGAUGAAUCCUCGAUCCCGGAAAAACUCGCAACAGCACCAUCAGAUUCCUUAGCGCCAAUACCGCAGGUUAUUGAUGGUAACUCUUCUGCCGUUCUCGAUGCUUCAAAGUCAGAUAAACAAGUUUCCCCUCUUGUGUCUCCAUCGGAUAUAUCCGAGACGACAACCAAAAUGACUGCGAUAGCGCACGCAGAUAGUCCACUUCAAAAUAGACCCAAAAAAUAUUAA